AGUCCCAUUCUAGUUCCAGCAGGAAGUAAGAGAACUACAGAUCCUUCUCCAGAGGAUUUCCAUCAUGCAAAGAGGAAGAGAAGUGACUUUUUAGGUAAAAACWUCCGAGAACGAGACCAAGACCACGUGUCUCUAAACGAAGACAGAGUGAUAGACCUUGACAAACACAGAGAAAACGCUGCRUGCGACGCUGGAACAGACGCAGAUGGCAAUGAUGAUAGGAUUAGCAACAAGAAAGAUCAUGAAACCGGAUGUGACGUAGAAAGUAAUGAUGAUGCUUAUGAUGUUGAUAUGAAAGAAGAUAUGGAAGGCUGGAUAGAAGUUAUGCGAACAGACAGACUAGUUAUAAGAGUAGCAGUGAUGACGAUGAUUAUGAUCAGAUGAACGCAUGUGAAGGGAAGAUUGGACGUUAUGUGAACAGGAAGACUAUCGAUAGGAGUAGUGAUAAGAGUAGCAAUGAUAUGAGUAGCAGUGAUGAUGAUGAUAAUAAUGGCGAAGAUAUGGACGGAGCUGGAAGAAAGAAUGUAAAUUAUGUCAGUACAAGGACAAGUGAAGAUGGAAGGCUGGAUAGAAGUUAUGUGAACAGAAAGACUAGUGAUAAGAGUAGCCGUAAUGACGAUGAUUAUGAUCAGAUGAACGCAUGUGAAGGGAAGAUUGGACGUUGUGUAAAGAGGAAGAAUAUCGAUGGGAGGAGCAGUGACAAGAGGAGUAGCAGUGAUGAUAAUGAUGACGAAGAUAUGAACGGAGCUGGAAGAAAGAAUGCAAGUUAUGUCAAUAGAAGGACAARUGAAGUUGGAGCUAAAAAUGUCACAGRAMAGCAAAGCACACCAGAAGUUAUCUCAUUACUGUCGGAUGACGACAAAGAUAUCACCGAUAUUAUAACAGAAGUUGCUGUUAACGACGAUUGCAAUGCAAAUGAUGAAAAUAAAUCUACAUGCUUGAGUAAUUCUUUGCCACUUGAAAGUGUUUCGCGCUCGCAUGUUCAAGGUUUSUCAGUUAGAUGUCAGAGCUCGCUGUUAUGACAUUCCCUCAAACACAAAGUUGCAUUKUACAGUCAACUCCCACCUUACGGACACCCCGCUAUAACGACACCUGGAUAUUACGGACACAAAAAACUGAA